AGCAAAUCUUGUCACUUAAAUAUAGUUCUCUCACGUCUACAGUACGACACAGACCUAUUUACAAAAUGUACAAAUUGGUGGUGUUGUUCGCCGUCUUGGCUGCUGUCUCUGCCCGACCCAGUUAUCUAACACCAGUGGUACACAGCGCUGCAGUGAUCGGUUCCGUACCAACCAGCGUCAGUGAAUACGGCAGCUCCAUCAUCCACGAUCAUGCUUUGGUAAGCCCUGUUGUGCAUGCUGCUCCAGUUCUACAUGCUGCUCCAUUGGUCCACUCUGUUCAUGCUGCUCCCGUUGUCCACGCUUAUUCUGCUCCAGCCGUUGUGUCUUCUCCCUAUGUAUCUGUCGGACAUUUAUGGUAAAAACCAAGAGGCUCUGUAGCCUAGAGGCUGUGUAAAUAUAAUUACUUUCAUGUGUUCUAAAUUUUGACUGCAAAUGAUUUUAAAUAAAAUGUUAAAAAACUA